AUGGCCAAAGUCUUCGAUGCGGCAGAGGUCGCAAAACACAACACCAGAGAGAGCUGUUGGGUCAUUCUCUAUGGGAAAGUCUAUGAUGUGACGGAUUUCCUGUCGAGCCACCCUGGCGGUGCGAAAAUUAUUCUAAAGCUUGCUGGCAAGGAUGCCACCGAAGAAUACGACCCAAUCCACCCUCCGGGGAUUCUUGAGGACGAACUCAAGCCAGAACAGUGCAUAGGCACUGUGGAUGCAAGCACAUUACCUAAGAAGGGGCCCCAAGAGGCCUCGGCGCCUUCAGCCGGGCCACCGCCAAUGCACCAUCUGCUGAAUUUGGAUGAGAUUGAGCAGGUGGGCCAUAAACAGGUAAACAAGAAGGCUUGGGCCUAUUACUACUCUGCUUCCGACGACAAAAUUUCCAAAAGACUCAACAACGAAGCAUACCGGUCCAUAUUAUUGCGACCACGAGUUUUCCGAGACGUCACCCGUGCCGAUUUGGGGACGACUGUCUUGGGGCAUAAGGUGGGAAUUCCUAUCUAUGUGUCCCCCGCGGCCAUGGCUCGGCUUGGCCACCCAGCUGGCGAAGCAGGUAUCGCAGAGGGAUGCCGCAGCUUUGGCGCUUUGCAGAUCAUCUCAAACAACGCUUCUAUGACUCCUGAGCAGAUCGUGAAGGGCGCCGCCCCUGAUCAAGUGUUUGGCUGGCAAUUGUAUGUCAACGUUGACCGCAAGAAAAGUGAAGCAAUGUUGGCUCGGAUCAAUAAACUCAAGGCAAUUAAGUUUAUUGUUCUGACCCUCGAUGCACCGGUAGCAGGCAAGCGAGAAGAUGACGAGCGGAAUGGCCUUACAGACGCAGCAGAAGAGGAACAGGCGCCCAAAGCUGCUGCUCGAACCUCGGAUGAUACUCCCGAUGUCUCUCAGGGCUCUGCUGGAAUUGGCCAGAUGUUAUUUGCCGGCACUGACCCCAGCUUGCACUGGCAAGCAACUCUUCCGUGGCUUGCCGAACACACUGAUCUACCAAUUGUCCUCAAGGGUCUUCAAACACACGAAGACGCAUACCUGGCAUCGCUUCAUACCCCGCAAGUCAAGGGUAUCAUUUUGUCGAACCAUGGCGGCCGCGCCUUAGAUACUGCACCUCCUGCAGUCCACACCUUGUUGGAAAUCCGGAAAUAUUGCCCCGAGGUCUUUGACAAGAUUGAGGUCUAUGUGGAUGGCGGCAUCCGUCGUGGCACAGACGUUAUAAAGGCUCUGGCCUUAGGUGCCAAGGCUGUUGGUAUUGGACGUGCUGCUCUGUGGGGUCUGGCUGCGGGUGGUGUCGAUGGCGUUCGUCGGACAUUACAGAUCCUGACAGAUGAAAGCUAUACCUGCAUGCGUCUCCUCGGAGUGGAGAAAAUCGAAGAUUUAGGACCGCACAAUGUGAACACUCGUGCUCUCGAGCAGCAGAUCUACGACGGCCCUUCGGGACUUGAUUCUUUACGUCAUAUUUUCCAAGCGAAACUGUAG